CUUGACCUUUUCCUUGUCUGCCCUGUCUCCUGCAGAUAAUGGCGAUGACCGGUCUGACAGCAUCCUUGCUGAGAACCAUGUGGAUGGCACUCCGGGGAUUCUGAGCGGAGCUGGCGGGAGGAAGCCCAUGAAGUCGGGCAUGAAGGAGCUGGCAGUUAUGAGGGAGAAGGUGAACGAGCAGCAGCGGCAGAUGGGCAAAGUUGGGAAACCCCAUCACAACCACGAGGACUCAAAGAAGUCACGGCUGUCGACCGGCAGGACGCCUUGUCAGCAGGAGCUGGAUCAGGUCCUGGAACGCAUCUCUACUAUGCGGCUGCCAGAUGAACGAGGUCCCCUGGAGCACCUCUACUCCCUCCACAUCCCCAACUGCGACAAGCACGGCUUGUACAAUCUGAAACAG